GCCUCAAGUGCGAGGAGGAACGACGACGGUUGAGGAUUCCGGGAGGUCGACGACGGUAGCAACAGGACCUAAUAGCGAGAAGACCAGCGAGGGAGUUACGCGUGAACCCAGAGAGAAUACUGUGGGUGCGAAAGCCACGGAAGAGCCCACCAAGUCCCGGUCCAUCUGGUGAAUCCUGACUCCGAUUCCGAGGGACCGGUACGGAGGGUCACGAAUCCAGGAAACGCCGAAACACAGCCGGUUAGGCCGCAGCUUCGGGCUCUACUGACAACAGUAUCCUGUAAAUCGCGAUUUGCACAGAACACGGCGGAGAUGAGUUAGGGCAACAGCAGCCUUCCCCCUCUGACUGCUGAGAUCCGAAUUGAGGCACUGCGGGAAAAGCUGAGCCCCGAAAAUCGACCUAAACACCGUUAGGUCCAUUAGUUUGUUUUGAAGUAAAUGUGGUAAUACUGUGUGGUAAGAAGCCGGGUUUUCAGAGGUCCGGAUAUAGGAAGCAGUGAAGGAAGUGACUGUAUGCCUUACUUUGGAAUUAUCUCUGCUUAUUCCAGCCCCACCAAGAUGUAGCAUACUUUGGAGAGAAGAAAGGGGUUGCAUACCAGGGAUAUGAAACCAUUACAUAGAAAAGGUGACUUUCACCGCUCUUCACCAGGCAAACUUUUGUUCCCUUGAGCAAGUUUGCUUUGAUGUACUUAGGACUCCAAAUGAGACACAAGGAUGUGAUAUGAACAGAUUUUAUGCAAGGCUGUGGGAUGUGCCCAGCAGGUCAAGCUGUACUAAUGGAAAGAGAGGAAAAACUAAACCAACAUCACAGAUGGAUGUCUUUUGACAGAAGUGGCCAGUUCUGAUAGAGAAACAUAAACUUGGAGAGUACAAUAUUGCGACUGGAAAGCUGCAAUGUGCCCAGACAGAAGAUGUGAUGUUGUUCCUCAAACUUCCAUUGGACCUCAAUGUAACAUCCAGGAUAUCACAGACAGUUUGCAGUGGGAGUAGGAUUGCAACCAUGCAUCUCAAGCCAUACCCAAAGCUACAAAAGAAAGAUGCAUCUCUUGAAUCAAGCCAGGAGGCACUCAGAGAGCUCCAUUCAAGCCACCAUACAACUGUAGGGGUUGAAAGAUGCCAAUCCACCUGCAACAAACCAUUGUGUUGUAAAUCCUUUGCUUUGGCAUCUCACAUCAGCUUGUGGUGUCCAAGACCUUUUAGUUUCAUUUCUCAAAAUAAAAUGUGCAAUAUGAGGAAUCCAGCUGAUAAUGUUAGCUUUAAGGGAAGAAAGAAACACAUGUCUGAAAACAUUCUGCCUCCUUCAAUUCAUCAGGAAGAAGGGGAGGCACAAUUGGAUAUCUGGGCUGUCAUAAAACCUGGUAACACAAAGGAGAAAAUUGCCUUCUUUGCAGCACAUCAAUGCAAUAAUAGGACGAGUUCCAUGAAAUUAAAAAGCAGUUGGGAUGCCGAGGUCACAACUGCUAAACGCAGAAGGAAAUCUAUUGAUCUAGAGAAAGUAAAAAUUCAACCAAUGAGAAAAGAUAGUGUAAAGGAUAUUGACAGACGAUAUUUGCGUGCUGACCCACAAACAACCAGUAACUGUGAUGAGAAUUCAAAUGUAAAUCUUGAUAAACAAAAUGCUGAUGGACAUUGUCAUAGCAGCUCUCUUUCUGUAGCAGAAAUGGUGGCUCUUCUAGAACAAAGGGCAAAUUCUCUUCUCCCCGACUGCAGCAAAAUGUUUACAAAUGCCAAUGCUCACUUGCCAAGUAUUGCGCAUUCAAAGGUAGGGUCCCCAUCAGUAGAAGCCAUUUCACACACAGGAUCUGAGUCUGGUUUAAGUCACAAAAAGUCCACAGAAAAUAAAAAACUACAGGGUGAAUAUGUUCGAGUUAUAGAAGUAAUAGCUAAGCUUGAAUCUGAGUGCUUAAAAAAUCAGCACAACAGAAAUGGAGAAGCUAGGAAUAAUAGCUUUCGGAGAGGGGUGGGGAGAGUUUUGUUGACUAAUCCGCACCUUUCAGAAGAAAGUACCAAGAGUACAGGCAUAAUUAGAAAAUCAACUGGUGCACCCAGAACAGUUGAUAACAUUGGGCAAAGCAAAGAACAAUGCAGCCACAUAAGCUCAAACUAUACUAAACCAUGCACUGAACCACAGGAUAAUGUUCCAUCUCUAGCUAUUAACUUUUCUGGUGUGGUAUUUGAUCUCUCUUCUAAAGAGGCUUCAUUAACCCACAAGGAAGCAACAUCAUUGCCAAAUAGUACCAGAGAACAUUGCAGUAGUGAUGUUGAGAUAUCAGUGGAGUCCUGUAAUAGCCCAUCACUGUGUUGGGAGAUGGACAAUAAGUUUGUAUCAAACUUUACUUUAGCAGAGAAUGGUAUGGGUGAAUAUGCAAAUAACUUUAUUGUCAAUGAGUUAGAGUCCUGUGUGGUGGAUAGGAAUAUGGUUAAGAGGGUGAAGGAAGCAACAGAAUGUACAUCAGUAACUAGAUUUAAUCCUUGUGAGGAACCCCUUCCUGGAGAACUAUUUUUCACACUUGAACAGUCCCACAUGGAAAACUUGGAUUCAAUUGAAAAUACUACUGAGGAAAUCCUGGAUAUUGCACAUUGCAGGGAUGACUUUCUGAUUGCUGAAAGCAGAACAUUUAACAGAAGUUGCUCAGAAGCGAAUCAGAGCAAUUCUCUUACACCUUUUGGAACUAUGUACCCUUCAUUAACUGAGCCCUUUCCUCUAAGAAGGCAAGUAUCUCAUGAGUUCCUAGAAACUCGCUUCAAAAUCCAACAGCUUCUUGAGCCUCGGCAAUACAUGGCCUUUUUGCCACACCACAUCAUGGUGAAGAUUUUCAUGUUCCUUCCUACCAAAACCCUGGCAGCUCUCAAAUGCUCGUGCCAUUAUUUUAAGUUCAUUAUAGAAAACUAUGACAUUAGAGCAACAGAUUCGCGCUGGGUCUGUGACCCACGAUACAAAGAUGAUCCAUGCAAGCAAUGUAAAAAGCAUUACUCAAAGGGGGAUGUGUCACAAUGUCGGUGGCACUCAAAACCCUAUUAUAAAGUUGUACCCUAUGGGCGUUCUUACUGGAUGUGUUGUUGGCAGACAGAAAAAGAUUCACCAGGCUGUAAAAUUGGGCUUCAUGAUAAUAACUGGGUGCAGUCUCAUAAUCACAUGCAACAAAUAUGUGAAAAAGUAUAGAGUGAAGAAGAAGAAAUAUGUCAUUUAAAAAAAAUGAUGAAUUUGGUUUAGUCUGACUGGGGAUAUAAAAUAUUGUUAUUGAAUUGUUUGCUUCCUAUAGAAAUUGGAAUAUUUUAUUGGUUCUGCACUGUUUACAUUGUACAGUAUGAACAUAUUAGCUUAUGUGAAUCUGCAUGAACCAAACUGCAGCAGCCAAUAGCUGUGAGAAGUGCAGUAUUUGCUCUAUCAUGUGUUUGAUUUAUGAUAGUAUUGUACUGUUAAUGUAGCUGGCACAGCAACAAACCACUACAAUGCAGCUAUAUCAGUGUCGCAGUUAGUCUGUUUUAAGUAAUGGUCUUUCUUUUGAAUAGAUUGUGUAUUCUACCUAAAAUUACAUUUAAGUGCAAAAAUAUUGGCAUGGAAAUGAAUAAAUCUAAACAAAAUUGGCCACCUGAGACCUCCUGAGAAUUAUGAUGAGCAAGUGUUGCUUUACAAUGUUAGGGCAAGUACAAAAAAUUGUUAGUGGCACUGCAGAAUUACAGGUUAUGCAAAAUGAAAACUGGUUGAAAGUUAGUCGCAUUGCUUGAAUUGACACUGUCAGUGUACAGCAAUGCUUACUUUGGAUUAAUGAGUCUCAAAUUUUUUGGGGGGAGGGUUUUUACUGGUCUUAAAGUUUUGGUGGCAUAUGUGGAGAGUUAUAUGAACUAUUGUGUAGUGAUCAUUUUAGUGAGGUGGAUGUUUUAAUAGGAUUUACCAAUUUUGUGUUAAUAGCAUAUAACUCAACUGUACAUCAAAAAUAAAAUUCAUUGUGCCAUGGCAAACAAUUCUUUGGUCCAAUUGAUAUAACUUGAUCAUAAUUGAAAUCUUGUUUGCUGACAAGAAAUAAGUAUUUUAAACAAAGCUUUCCAUGAAAGAGAUCUAACUCAGUCCUUAUGCCGAGGUAUUAUAGAGGACUGUGGGAAGAGGAAAAAGGACCUCAACCCCAUGUAUAUCAGGAAUGGCCCAUGUUGAAAUCCAAACAACAUAAUAAAUUGCCAGGCUUUAAUAUAAAUAUUUGAGCUUUAGCAUCUAAAAUAAAACUUGAUCUGUUUUUAUGUUUUGAGUUCCAGUAAAAAGUCCUGUUCCUGCUUAACUUUAAAAAGAUUAAUUUUAAUCUUUAUUGUUUAUUUUUCCUAUCUCUCCCUGACUUGUUAAAAUUAUGAGUGGAGUUUUUUUUUACGUGUUUGUGUUUUAAAAUCUGACCUGCAGUGUUUCCCUUCAAAGGGAAGGGAAUUUGAUUAAAAGAAAGUCUCAAUCCAAGUCCUGGUAUGAAUAACUAUUUAUUUUCUUAAGUCUGUAUAUAAAUGGAAUUUUAUUUUCACAGUAUUAUACUUUUUUCUCAAACUGCAUUAAUAGAAAUUCCAAAAACCCUGAAACAGUUGAACUUUUAAGACCAAAGCAGGAAAUAUUUACCAGGACAUGCUCAAUGGAAAGAGGAAAAAUGGGGUUCUGAAAAAUGAAUACUUUAUUCCUUUCUCCGCGGAUGCUCCUGAUUGGCUCAGUAUUUCUCCUCCCAUGCAAUAUUUUGAUUUUUAUUUGUUGCUACUCCCAAGUCUAAAUGUAAGGAUGCUGUAGAGAUACUCAUUUUGCGAAAUAAAUCUUUAAAGUGCUUUUAAUACUGCUUUUGCAAGCUUGGGGUACACAAUUGCAUAUUUGUACAUUUUUGUUUGUUAUUGGAGCUAGAAUUUUUAUUUUUGCAUUGGUAUUUUCUUUUAAAUGUGUCCCUUUUGAACUUCAUUACAAAGUAUCCCAUCUAUGUUUUUCUUUGAUUCUCACUGCACUUGCCUUUAUUUUCAGAUAGUGCCUAAAAAUGUUCAUCUGUUGCCUGCUGACUUAAUUCUGCAUAACCUGUAACACUGCAUAUAGCUUUGCUUUAGAAUAUAUUUCAUUCCCACUAAACUUGCUGCUUGCUCUGAAAUACAUGCUAAUUGCAACAAUCUCUAUUUACACUUCAGCAGUUAGGAAAAACAAUUAUAAAGCUGCUGUUUCUGUGUAUCAUGUACAUUAACUUGCAAUUUUCUAUAAGUUUAAAAUCUAUAAGCUUAAAACAUUGUAAAAUGAAUGAAAUGGGACAUUAAUAGAAAAAUUACUGGUUGUAAAUGUUUGGUACCCAAUUUUGAAAUUCAUUAUAUCCACUUUUCUGCAUUAGAACAUUUUUUUAAAAAAAUAUUAUGUUGGAAGCUGUAUCAGACUCCAAAUAUUCCAUUUGUUAAUAAAGCCAGAUUUUUGGUUGAUUACAACUUAAUCAACAUUUCAUCAUUGAAAUGGAUUAUCUCACUUUUUGGCGACAGUGGUUUGCAAUUACACUAAUACACAAUCCUUAAGAAUUUUGUUCCAAACUUAGAUCUUUGGGCAUAAUUUUAAGCUAUCUUGGUUAUGUCUGUUAUUAGUACCUCCUUCACAUUAUUUAUUUAUUUAUCAUUAAAACCCCCCCCCCACACCACACCACAUUGUUGCCUUGUGUGCUUUUAAUGUGCAGAUAUGUAUGUGAUCAACUUGCUUUUUUUUUGGGCAAUUGCACCAAUCAGUCACAUGAAAUAGGUAGAUUGCUUAUCCUAUCCAUGCUUUGGGCUGUUAAUUCUUCUUGGAUGGUGGCAAUAUUAGUGGCUUUAAGUUUAAAGCUGGGACUGUGGUUGAGCAACCUACAAUGAGGUGAUCAGUGGUUGUGGUGGCAAUGAUUCUGACGCAAAGUGCAGGUGGUUACUGAUGGUAAUAUAAUUUGUGUUAAAUUGAAGAGUGGUUUACUUGUG